AUGCGCACUGCAAAACAAGCCAAAAGCUUGUUGGAGGAUCGCCAGUCCUAUAUCCCAUGCGAAUCCAACCCCAUGAAAACGUUGACACGCGAGAUUAACGCGACGCUGCUGGCAAUGGAGAACUCAGGUGCAAUAUCGCCAAUCGACCGACGCAUGGCGAGAGCGGAAGAAACGGCCCUAGCCCGAUUCUACGGUCUCCCAAAAGUGCACAAAGAGGGCGCUCCUCUCCGCCCUCUCGUAUCACUAAAGGGCACUCCAACCUACGGACUGGCAAGGUGGCUGUUCCAACGUCUCAAGUUUCUAACCUCCGAUUCGAACACCACAGUCAGCUCGUCAACGUAAUUCUUGGAGAAACUUAAAGGUGUAUGUCUCCUGCCAAGCGAUAUCAUGGUUUCCUUUUAUGUCACGUCCCUUUUCACUUCUAUCCCGCAGGACCUGGCAGUCGAGACCAUCGAUCUACUCCUACGAGAGAAAUACGAAGAAACGGAGAAUCGUCUCGGACACUCCCAAAUCAUCCAGCUCCUGAAGUUCUGUCUCAAGACGUACUUUACGUUCGACGGAACAAUCUACGAGCAGGUGAAGGGAACGCCAAUGGGUUCGCCGAUUUCGGGACUCAUAGCCGAGGCGGUCCUACAACAGCUGGAGUCGCUGGUUUUCCGACACCACAGACCAAAAUUUUGGGCUCGGUAUGCAGAUGACACCUUCGUCGUCAUCAGUCGGGAUCAGGUGCUGGCGUUCAAAGAACAACUUAACACCGUCUUCCCGGACAUUCAAUUUACGAUGGAGGAGGAGGAAAACAAUCAGCUGGCCUUCCUGGAUGUCCUCGUCUGCCGCAAAGAUUGUGGUGGCCUAAAAACCAAAGUGUUCAGGAAAUACUGA